CCCAGCCACCCAAGACACAUAUUGGUAUAAUCUGUGGACUUUUUCUGCAGGGUUGAAAUGGAAAGAAAGGUUAAGUGAUUUUUUGUUCGAGGUUUGUGUGUGGUAGUGCACAGUGAGAAGUUGAUAAAAAUCUGUUUUCCUUGUAGCAGAUGAAUACAAAAGUAUUCAAAAUGCCUGCAAUGAAGGACUCAAAUAUUGUGAAGAUUGCCGUUGAAAUGGCACAGCAAGUUCCUCAAUUAAUUGAAUUUAACCAAAAACAACCUCUUGCUGCCAUAAUUCAAGAGCUGUGCAAUGGCUGGGGAUUGUCAGAUCCCGAUCAGUAUGCGUUGCAGUUUUCAGAAAAUAACAACCAGAAUUAUAUCACGGAAAAGAACAGGAAUGAAAUAAAAAAUGGUUCGGUUUUGAGAUUAACGCAUUCACCAUCUACAACUGCCCAUGAUAUACUUCAAAAGUUAAAUACAGGAACAAAUGAAGACAAGUUAAAUGCUGUGCAGAAGUUAUCAAAAUUGAGCACUGAUAUGACGUUUGCUCUUGAAUUCAUAAAUAAGCAAGGAUUGGCUUUAAUAAUAAGUAUUAUUGAAGGAGGAAAAUGUAAAGGAAACAUGCUGGCUUAUUCGUUAAUUUCGUUUGUUGAACUUAUGGACCAUGGUAUUGUAUCAUGGGAUAUUUUGGAAAGCCCAUUCAUCAAUAAAGUUGCAAGUUAUGUGAACAAUCAGGCAGUGGCUCAAGAUGCUAAAGUUGUACAAGCUUCGCUCUCAAUCUUAGAAAACAUUGUUUUAAAUAGUUCAGGGAAAUAUGGCCAAGUGGAGAGGGAAGUAACAUUUCCAAAUCUUGUAAUGCACCUUCAGAGUCAAAAUCCAGUCAUUCAGCAGAAUGCUAUUGCACUUAUCAAUGCAUUAUUUCUGAAAGCUGACAAUUCCAAAAGGAAAGCCAUCUCUGCCACCUUAUCAUCGAAGCAGGUCCGAAACGUAAUACUCACCAAUGUUAUUCAGUCUUCAUCAGGACAGGUUGGUGCUGAAAUGGCUCAUCAGCUGUAUGUGCUUCAAACUUUGACAUUAGGUCUUCUAGAACAACGAAUGAGCAGUAAGAUGGACCCUCAAGAUCAAGAUGCACAUGAAAAGAUCAAGGAACUGCGGAGGAUUGCUUUUGACACAGAUGGUACAGGUGUCUGUGGAGAUGUUACGGCUCGGAAACAGCUUGGUGUCUUUGCCAAAGAUUACAAGAAGCUUGGCUUUAAGUAUGACAUUAACCCAGCACUUGACUUUACUGAAACACCACCCGGAAUGUUGGCCCUUGAUUGUAUGGUCUACUUUGCUCGCCAUCACACCGAGAACUAUACCAAGGUUGUGCUGGAGAACUCCUGCAGAGCCGAUGAGCAUGAGUGUCCCUUUGGGCGAACAAGUGUUGAAUUAGUAAAACUGUUGUGUGAGGUCCUGCGGAUUGGGGAGGCACCAAGCGAACAGGGUCAGAAUUACCAUCCCAUGUUCUUUACACAUGAUCAUCCAUUUGAAGAAUUUUUCUGUAUCUGCAUUAUUCUUCUUAACAAAACGUGGAAAGAAAUGAGGGCAACAAUUGAGGAUUUUGUGAAAGUAUUCAGUGUAGUUCGCGAACAGAUAACAAGAGCCCUCGCAUCUCAACCGACUGGCUUGGAUAAGUUCCGAGCAAAACUUCAGGUGCUGACGUACUCUGAAAUCACAAACCUGUGGCAGCAGGAACGAACCAGUAGAGAGGAGUGGGAGUCUCACGCGAGGCCGAUCGUAGAGCUGAAGGAGCAGAUUAAGCCAGAGAUCAUGGAGCUGAUACAGCAACAGAGGCUUGGUUUCCUUGUUGAAGGGACACGGUUCACAAAAUACUCUAUGAGGGGACAGAGAAUUAAGGACAAGUUCUGGUAUGUCCGUCUCUCACCUAACCAUAAAGUUUUCCACUAUGGUGACUGUGAUGAGAAAAGUGUACCAACUUUGGAGGAGCUUCCCAACAAGCUGGCAGUUGUUGACAUAAAAGCCUUGAUUACUGGAAAAGAAUGUCCUCACAUGAAAGAUAUUAGGGGCAGGAAGACCACGCACCAACUCGCCUUUUCCCUCACGCUUGACUCUGUAGAAGUAACGUCACUUGAUUUUGUGGCUCCAGAUGAACAAGUAUUUGAUUACUGGACAGAUGGAAUCAAUGCUCUGCUGGGAAAUAAGAUGCUGAGUAAAGAAACAGAGAAUGAUGUAGAAACAUUGCUCUCGAUGGAUAUUAAACUUCGUCUCCUGGAUGCAGAGGGUGUUGACAUCCCAGAGGAUCCUCCUCCGAUACCUUCAGAUCCUCCAAAUUAUGACUUCUGCUAUGAACUCAAGUAAAUGCUAAGCCAAGGGUUCUCAACCUGUUCCAGGUCUGGGGCCACAUUCAUCCCUUGUAAUCAAUUUAAGGGCCACAAGAUGUAUAAAGGGGGGCAAUUUUUUGUAUUAAAAAUGCUACCAAGUAAUUAUGCAUGUGAUCGCAUAUUGCUCUAACAAAAUCAUUCAUUAGUGUAAUACUUGCAGUUGCCUGUACUACACUUAUCUUCUAAUGUGAGGUUUAAUUUCUGUUAUUGCAAUUCGCAUACAUCUGUCCAAGUGGUUAUCAGAACGAUGUGUCAUAGUCAUUGAUUUAACGUUCUUAAUUGAGACCUAAGCUGAAAUUUUGAUCAUAGUAAUAGGCAUUGUUAUAUAAUGACAACAUUUUAUGAUAUCAUGGAACUAUUUUUCAUCAUACAAGUUUAUUCAGUGUUAUAAAAAUUGUACGCACAAAACAUGUCAGCAGGCCACAUGCAGUCCAGAGGCUGUGGGUUGCGAACCUUUGUGCUAAGUGAUAAAUCUUAC